AUAACCCAAAAUGGAUCCAACUGUAGCAAGUCAUCGUGAAUAGUAUCUAUUUUUUUCAGCUUUUCUCUAAGAAUGGACGAGAGAGAAAAGAUUUUGGGAUUUCUCCCACAAAAGGAGAAAAUUUAUAACAAGUAUUUACCAUAUGCAGACAAUCUUGAUGUUGAAUCAAAUGCCGUUUUUGCGGAAAUCAAGGCCAACCUUGGAAAAUCUGUUGCCUUCAGAGACAUUAAAACUGGUGCUAACCAUUGGAGUGGACAAUUAACUAGGUACAUAAAGUUAAAUGGAAUGAAGUUUUCUAAAGAAGAUCACCUAGCAUUAAUUAAUUUGAUGUAUGAACUUGUUGUGAUGCCUGAACUCGAGUUGUCAUUAGUACAGAAGUUUGCAGCAAUGUUGAUUAAUCUGCUUAAGAAAAGAGAUCUACUUAACAGAGAAGAUUUAGUUCUUCAUUGGAGGCCAUUAUAUAAAUUGGUUGAAUAUGUGGCUUAUUCACCAUACGAACACCAUGGUUUGCAGCUGUUUCCAAGUAACAUUGAGAAUGUUAUAAAAAGUCUAGUCAAGCAAUGUAGAGUGUACUUCCCAAUAGAAGCUACACAAGAGAUGUUAGAUGAAUGGAGGCCAUUAAUGUGUCCUUUUGAUGUAACACAUAUUAAAGCCAUGCAUUGUUUUGAGUACUUUUUGCCUACAAAUCUACCGCCUUCAGAGCAUGAUCAGGGAUUUAAACUGUGGUUUGAAGAAUUUAUAGAUUUAUGGGAUUCCUGCCAUAACACACCACCAUGGGAAGCAAGUUUAGUUAACUUAUUUGCAAGAUUGGCACAUGAUAAUAUUGGUUAUAUUGACUGGACACCACACAUUUCUAAGAUAUUCAACAGAUUCUUGAGAAGUUUUAACUUACCAGUUGGAACACAGGAAGUACAGAUUGGAAGAACAAAUAACACAUAUGAUGUACACAGCACUGUCACAUGGGUUGUUUCUCUAAUGGGAAGAAACAAAAAUGUACAGGAACAUAUAAACAAGUUAUUCAAGACUUUACAGACAUUCUACCAUCCUUCAAACCUGGGAAAAUGGAAUAUCAAGUUAAGUGGGUUGCUGAUGUGGUUUCCGAAGUUACUUGUCAAGAGAUUACACAGAGAGAGAUAUAAGAAAUCCUCCUGGCAUACACCAAUACCAGACAAUGAGAAGCUAACAGAAGAUGACAUUACUAAAUUUGUUGAGAGUAUGAGACCUGUAAUCUGUGUAUCUAUGUUCAGUAAAUAUGGCAGCCAAGACUCAGCGAUAGCUCUUCGACACUUGUCUAAUCUACGUCCAGAAAUCGUUGUUCCUGAUCUUCUUGAAAGAAUGUAUCCAGCAAUGGAGAAUUUGACAGAACCACACAGAUUGAUUGCAUGUAUGAUUUGUAUUGUGGCAGUAGCACGUCCAAUGUUACAGAGUCCAAAAUAUUAUCCUGAAGGAAAAUCUCAUGUAUUACCACUGCUGAAUCUAGCUUUACCAGGAAUAGAUCCAAAUGAUUUCAAAAAGUGUUUGGUAACAUUCCAGAUGAUAUCAACAUUUGUGACAUUAGUACCUAUUGUAGACUGUUCUGAUGCUUUACAUUUGAGGAAUGAUCUCACUGAGAAUGAGAGAGAAUUGUGUUCAGCCACUGCUCAAUUUGAAGACUUUGUUCUUCAGUUCAUGGAUAGGGUGCUUGGUUUAAUAGAAAAUAGUGCUCAAGAGCAUAUACAUGGCGAUGUUAGUAAACUGAACCCUGAACAAAGGAUGUUAGAAGUAGGAUUGUCCUCUACAUUUACCUCAGUUCUACAACAGUGUUCAUCAGCCAUAUUUAAGAGUGCCCUGAGACAUCUUCAUCACUUUGUUGCCAAUAGCAUUUAUGAAACCAAGGUUGGAGGUAGAUUUGCUGCCAAUUUGUGUAGAGCUGCUGCCAAAGUGAAUCCUGAAGCAACUUUGAAGUUAUUUUUACCUCAUUUAUUCAGAAAUAUAAAAGAACAUAUUGCAUCACAUGAAGAUUUUGCUGAAGAAGAAAGACUAGACAACAGUUUUCUCUGGAAUCUAUUGAUGCUCUCCCAGCUUGUAAGAUGCAAUGGUGCAGAGUUGAUAAAAUACAAAGACAAUUUACUGGAAAUAAUUGAGUUAACAAUACAUUUGAAAUGUGUAGAAGGCUAUGAACUUACAGGACAGUUAAUAAGAUAUACUUUACGUGCUCUGACGUUACAUUAUCCAUUGGAUUAUAAAAGUAUAGCUGAGUCGUUUGAUAGACCUGUUACUGAAUAUCUUCCUAUAAAUGAUUGGGCAGUUCCUGGUGAUUCAAGUAAAAUAGGAAUGGUUUGGCAUAUACCUUCCACAGAAGAAGUUAACUUUGCUUCACAAAUUAUACACAGAAUACUUGGAAAAGAAUUAGAAGCUGUACAGUCUAUAUCUGCUGAUAAUCCAAUGAAAAGAGAGGAACUUUUAAGUCGACUGAAUGUUGUAUUAGAAUGCUUACAAGGUGCUGGUGCUGUGAUAAGUAUGUGGGAGGAUACAAAGGUUGAUCUUAUUGAAAGCCAAGUACCUCUGCUUAGAUUUACAUGUUCCUGUUCAUUAGGAGACCUGGAGAUCAAAUUAAAUGGUAGAAAUAUAAGAGAAGCUGUGGUUACUGCAAUGAGAACCUUGAUAUCUCAUAUGACAUUAACUUGUGAAGAUGAUACAAAAGGAAUGCUUAAAAUAUUAUCUAUUUAUGAAGCUGUGUUAUUCUUUCAUGGUGCUCAGAAAAAUGAUUUUGAUUCCCGGUGGAAAAGUUUUCAUGCUGUAAAAAUGGCUUUACAAGAUGAUUUGAGAAAAGGAAAGCGACAUAUAAGAGCUUUGUUGGUAGACAGAGUACAAUUACAACAAGAGAUGAGAUUGUUGUACAGCUGUGAUAGGAUUUUCACAGAAAGACACAGAGACAUGAUGAAUGAUCUGUAUAACCUGUCUGUCAGUAGAUAUAGAGAAGUUAGAAAGAAAUCCCAAGCUGUAUUGUUCAAUAGUUUCAAUAACAUACCAUAUUCCUAUAGAUGUGUUCUUCCAGAUGUUAUAACCCAUAUCAAAAACUCUGAAACACCAGAAUAUCAAUUCAAAGGUGCUCUUUAUGUGAUACUUGGAAGUGGGAAGAGAAACAUGGCCACAAAGAGAAGCUGGGAGAUUAUCAGUGGAUUAUGGCCUGCCAUUACACAGGCCCAACAUUCUGAGAAACCGUCAAUAUUGAAGGUUGUAGAUGAUAUGAUCAAUAAAGUUGACAAGAACAUGGAGAGCCCUGGUAUUGUAACUAAGACAACAGAAUCUGUUCUCAGUGCUGCCCAGAAGUUGCUACAGCAGAGACAGCCAUAUCAGUCUGAUGCAAUAGAAUUAAAUUCUGAGCAGUUGAAAUCAGCUCAGCAAUUCGAACAAAAUCUUAAUGACAGAAAUCUUAGACUUUACAACCAACUUGUCGAGGACUUGGUCAAGCUGGUGAAUGAUGGAAAUUUAACCUGGAAGUUUAGUCAUAUUGGACUUGUGUUUUUAUCUUUACUACUAAGACAUGAUACACCAGUUCCGGCAAGUCUAGUAGCAUUGAAUAUUAAAACAAUGGUCCAUGAUUCACUGCAUGCCAGAAAGCUUACCACAGCAGCAGUAUCUGCACUUUUGAAACAGCAAAAAAGGAAGCAUAAAAAAGUAGUGAUAGAUCCUCAUAAGAUUUCUGGAACAGAACGUCCUACCACAAAGUUCUGUCCAGGUGAUAGGAAAGACAAUAAAUGGAUAUUGUAUAAUUCUGACGAUUUGCCAACAACUAAGGAGAAAUAUGACAAACUGAUCUUUAUAGAGAAGACACAUUGGGGAUAUUAUUCCUGGCCAAAAAAAAUGGAAGUAUAUGCCCCAUAUGAAGAUCAACCAAACAUCAAAAGAAGAAGGGAUGAAUUACCAGAUAAUGAACAACCAAUUUAUGAUGCAUUUAUGGACCCUGAAUUUGUUCAGAAAUUUGUGUCUUUCUUGGCAUUAGAAGAAAACAAAGGCAAAGACAAAUUCAGGCAUAAAUAUUUGACAUUGUUUAAGGGAUUGUUUCGUAACUAUGGUGAUACAUUCUUGGAGAGUUUCAAACCUCAUAUAGAAAAAUUGACUGCAGAUUCUAGUCAUGAUAAACACGAUAGUCAUCAGAGAUGUGGAAUGGAGAUGUUGUCUGGAGUUCUCAGGGGUGCUAAACAUUGGCCUUAUGAAAUGAGUGAAGCAAUGUGGGAUUGGGCACUUCCUGUGAUUCGAAAAGCAAUGAGUGUAAUUACUGUGUCAACUAUUUCUGACUGGGGUAAUUUCUUCUCAUCAGUUUCUGAAAGUAGAGAUCCAAGGAAGAUAUAUAAGUUUUUUGAGCUCCUGUUGGAAAACCCUCUGAAUGGGGAAGGUGGAUCAUUUGGUGAUACAAGUCGUCUGUAUGCGUUGCAGCAAGCUUUGAUUCAACAAGAAUGGAGAGUUCCUGACUUACUUCAUAGAGUUCUUACAUAUGUACAGCCUCACUUAUCUCAUCCAUAUAAAAUUGUCAGGGAUAGAAUUGGAAGUAUGAUAUCUGAUUUGUUCCUGUUUGACUAUAAAGUCAGUUCUUUCUGUGAUACUUCUUCACCUAAGAAGAAACCAUUCCUGGAUCUGGUAAUACCUCAGCUAGAUAGUCUAAAGUUUACUGUCAUAGAUGAAUUGGAUUCAAAUCAAACAGAUGAUAAAGUAAACCAUGUAGAUGAUACUAAUGGUGAAGAGCCUAUGAAUGUCGAUACUGAAGAAACUGAUGAAAGAAAAAUAGCCAUUAGAUUAUGUAAAACUAUAAUGAAAUGGUUAACUAACAGUUUAGGAAGAACAUUAACUACAGCACCACCAGAAAUAUUUCCUAUUCUUCCUAUUAUGUGCACAUUACAAAGUGAAAGUAAAGAUGAAGAAAUGAAGUCAUCAUGUUCUCUAAGUCUUGCCUGCUUCUCACAAGCUCUUAUCCAACCUGAAGUCAUUCCUGUAGCUAUAAGUACCAUGAGAGAGAUAAUUGGUUUGAAGUCAUGGCAUGCAAGAGUAGCUUUACUGGGUUACCUACAAGUUAUGACAUUUAACAACUUCUUCACAGUUCACCAACCAUCCAUCAUUGAGGACAUACAGGAUAUUGUCUUCCAUCUUAUAUGUGAUGAACAGUUAGAGGUACGGGAGAUGGCAGCAGUAACUCUCAGUGGAUUAUUACAUUGUGGAUAUCUUCAAAUGAACAAACAAAUGGUGGAUCAUUUUGAAAGACUGACUCGGAUCAAGUUGAAGAAAAGAAGAGUUACAGAAAAUAUAACCUUAGACGCUUUGAUAAAACGUCAUGCUGGAGUGUUAGGACUAAGUGCUUUUGUACAAGCUUAUCCAUAUGAUGUACCAGAAUUCAUGCCACAGAUAUUAAUGGACCUUAGCAACCAUGUAGAUGACCCUCAGCCUAUACAGAUGACAGUGAAGAAGACAUUAUCAAAUUUUAGACGAACCCACCAUGAUAACUGGCAUGAUCAUAAACAGAUGUUUACAGAUGAUCAGCUAGUUAUACUGACAGAUCUAUUAGUUUCUCCUACAUAUUAUGCCUAGUGUAAUGGUUAAUAUACUGAUGUUGGUGAAGAUUGUUUGAAAGAAGACAUUAAUUUGAAGUUAAGAUGGUGUUGAUUGAUAACAAGCAACUGAAGACAUUUCCUUUAUGACUUAUACUGUGUUAAUAGAACAUUCUCCAAAUCUCUUCUUUGGUAGUCAGUUGAUACUUUUCUUUUAGCUAAAUAAAUAUUCAGAAUGGCUAAUUAUUUCAUAUUGCUUCUUUUGGACCUAAUUAGUGUUCAAAUUUGAAUCAAAACCAAAACCAUACAUGUGUUAACCAAUGUUGUUGCAAGUGGUUGAUAAUAUUUUGAUUUGAUUAAAAGCUAUUUUAAAAAAAUACCUAGUUUUUAAAUUCAGUAGGGUAAAUCUUUGUAAAGUCAAUUCAAGUAAGCUGUUUUGAUUUUCAUAAUUAGCAAAUGUAUAAUUACCUGUAUAUGAAAAUUAAAACUGAUUGCAUAACAAUUCAUUAACUUGUGUAUGGUUUUGUUUGUAAAAGUGCCCUUUAGUCACUUUUUGAUAACUACCAGUUUUUUAUUAUUUGGUGGCAUUUCAUGCUUUGCAUUCAUAUCCUCGAUAAAAAAACAACAUAUCGAUAGAUUUAGCAAGCAUAAUGAAAAAUUUAUUUUUAUAGGGCAUUAUUUCCAUGAAGCAUUUGUAUAACAAAGAAAUGUACCACAUGUAUAUUUUCCAAGUUUAUCAUCAAAAGCUAGGAUAUGAGUUGUCUCAGUAUAAUUGUUGAUGGAAUUGUAAACUGUCAUUUGUGAAAAUAUGUUUUUUUUUCUAAAGUAUACUGUGAUUAAAUUAAGGGUGGGUAAAUUUCAAGCAAAGAUAUAAGAUAGUAAGAGCAAUUGUAUCUUUAUUUAGCAACCAUAUUUGAUUUAUAAAAUAUCAUUAAUACCCUGAAAAACAAAAGAUAUUUAUUUUUGGGGAAUACUACUAUUUCUAAUCUGAACAUGCAACAGUUCUUUUUCCAUCCACCACUUAGAGAAGUUUACAGAUAUUUGUAAUCUCUGAACUUUACCGGGGUAUGUGGUAUUUUUGCAUUAUAAUGGAAAAUAAUUUAUACUGUUAUAGUUGUAAUUGUAAUCUGAAAAUGUGCAUACAGAAAAACAAGAGGAAAUGUUCCAAAUCAUACAUUUUGGUUGAUCUUAGGUUUUUUUUCAGUUAUAACAAUUGAACUAGUCUUUUCAUUGACAAUCUUACCACAAAAGUCUGAUUGGUCAUUCUCAAAUUAUAUUAUAUAUAUUAUACAUGUAUUAUGAACUGUUCAUAAAAUAGGUUUUGAAUGAACAGGUUUAUAGCUAUAGUAUGUAAAUAUAAAUUUAAUUCUGGAGUUAUAAUGGGUGAAAUGUAGCCAUUUCUUAUUUAAGAAUGUUUUAUGGGAUAUGAGUCUACCCAAUCACAUGAUAUAAACAUAAUGCUAUCUAAUGUGACUUCAAUAGUUUUUAGAUUUGUUAAUAAUUUAAAGAAUUUUUUAGAUUGUUAUGUGAUAAAAUUGUAAAUAUUUUCUUUUAAUAAAAGUACAUAUAUAUGGUAUUAGUAUAUAUGUUUUUAAGACAGCUUUCUUCUUUGCUGUUAAGUGAUUAUUUGAGUUAAGUGCAGUGAAUUUAUGAAAAUGUAAUUUGUUUCAUGUCCGAGUUGUAUAUGAAUGUUCAGACCAUUUUGCCUGUAUUAUAGACAAAUAUUGCCAUAAAGAUCUUGGAAAUAAAAUAUUUAUGUACAUUU